GUUCAGUUGCGCGCUUACCGUUGUCGUGAGUGUACAGUGUCUAAAGAAAUUUUUCGUGCGAAACUGGAUGAUCAUCGCUAUCGAAUAUUACUUGGAAGAGUGGUGAACGAUGAGCCGAACAGAUCAAGACAAAGAUAAAAGUAUGGACAAACAGGAAAUCGCCGAGGAGGAGAGAGAGAAGAUGUUGAACGCUGAGAACACUAAACAUACCGGUGCUGCACCUGUACCUGAUUUAGAAUCUGAAGAACAUAAGCCGAAGAAGAAGAUACCCAUCGGUGGUAUCAAGAUGCCAGGAUUUUGUCGUACCAAGAGUAAGGAACCUUGCAAGGACGAUGAAAGUAAACCUGCCGAAUCGGUGGACACAGAAACCACAAUUGUUAUGCCAAAGGAAAACGAACAAAGUGUGCCAUCAGUUCCUGAAAAACAAACAACACCGGCUAAGGAAUCGAAAGAGAAGGAAGGACGAAAGGGAAUCUUAAAUGCUAUUAGAUUACCAUUGGUUUCCGUGUUUCCUAGAAAGAAGAAUAAGGAUGGAGAUGCUGAAUUAGGAACAACUGGUACCGCCGGUUUAGCCAGUAUCGAAACACUUGAUGAUAGUGGAACAGAAAAAAAUCCCAUAACAAGUGAGGACGGUAUGGAAACGGUUCGUUUGGAUGGCGAUACCACCGAUAUUGCUGAAUCUCCGAAACGUCACUUAUUUGUUGUCUGCAUCAGUGCUGCGAGGCGAAAUUUAUUUGCUUUGGCUGCUGUAUUGUGUAUUUUACUGUCGGUUAUUAUCAUCAUAUGCGUCGCCUGUGCUGGACCAAGAAGAAGCGCUAACCAAUCUUACAAAACUGACAAGUACAUAUCAGCGGUAACAUCAUGUGGACUAAUUCAAGGAAUCUUAGAAGAUGGUGGAUAUGCUUUUCGUGGGAUACCGUACGCUGUGCCACCGAUUGAAAAUCGUCGAUGGCAAUUCGCUGAACCACUCAGUAAACUAGAAGACUGUUGGAACGGAACUUAUCUCGCUCACAAUGCCUCGAAUAUGUGCUUGCAAUAUGAAACUUCCGGUAGAUACAACGGGGCCGAAGAUUGUCUUUAUCUUGAUGUAUUUACACCAGAUGUCAGAUAUGAUUCACCAUUACCGGUGGUAGUCAUGAUUGGCGCUGAAACUUUGGAUGGAUCAUCACCUGGUGUAAUGCAACCAUCAGCAAAGCUUGCUCGUGUACGCGACAUGAUUUUCGUUAGACCUAAUUUUCGAUUGGGAAUCUUUGGAUUCUUAGCAGCCACGCCACUUUCUCAAGCUGCGCAUCCACCAUCAUCUGGUAAUUACGGACACUCAGACAUCAUAGCUGCAUUACAAUGGGUCCAAUUGAACAUUCAGAAUUUCGGUGGCAACAAAUCAUCCGUAACUCUUUGGGGUCACAGAGCUGGCGGUACUUUAGUCACGACACUCAUUGGAAUACGAAAAACUCGUGAUCUUUUUUCACGAGUCUGGAUCUCAAGUGGUAGUGCGAAUUUCCCUCACCAAGAUCUAGAAUUGGCUGAAAAACUGAGCAGUCAAUUUAUGCAUGCAAUUAAUUGCCAUGAUGCAAAUUGCAUGCGUACCAAGAAUGUUAAAGAACUGAUAGAAGCUAUACCGGAUAAAUGGCACCAUAAUCUUAUCGAACUACCGAAAAAGGAAGAGAUUUUGCCGGGGAAUGAUACUCAUGAGUGGCUUAUUUUAGAUGGUGCUAUUUUGCAGAAACAUGUUGGUGAGAUUUUGACGAAGAGUGAGUUGUCUAUUAAGCUUAUCAUAGGUACUACUGCUCAUUCCGGAACUCCGGAACAAUAUCUCUCUUCGAAUGUCAGCUCAAAGCAAAUAGAAAAGAUCGUUCACGACUCUCUACUUGGCUCUAAAGGUUUAGCGGAUGAAGCGCUUAGACGAUACAACGCCACACCCGAAGGUUUGGCUAGAAUGAUAUCCGACAUACGAGUUAUUUGUCCGUUGAUGACAGUUGCCAGCAUGAAAGCGAACGUUCCAUUUUAUGUAGCGACUCAACCACGUGGAAACUUAGCAGAUCCCGAUAGCGAUGCAGCAGCCAUACUCGGCACUUACGCUGCAAGAACGCCCGAAGAAAAAAGGCAUGUAUCUGCUAUGCAACAAUUGUUUAAUCAUUACGUAUGGCACGGAGAAGUAGCACAGGCCGAUCCGAAAGGCGCGAAUAGAGUUCUUAUAGUUGGUCAGGAUAUCAUACCCCAACACGAUUAUCCAAAUUGUGACUUUUGGAUAAAAAAUGAAAUUGUUCCAUUGUACGGCCGAAUUGAUUAAAUUCCGCUAUUGUCGUAGUUUCUGUAUAAGGUCUCAUCUUUGUUAAAAAUCUCCCUUGGAAUAAUGCAUUUCCACAAACGGAAGAUUUUUAUCACCAAGUUAUAUACUUUGAUACUGAAAAUAAUGGCUGAUUAAUGUUUUAUGAGAGAGACUCGGAAUAUUAAAUAUUUAAAACAAAAAAAAAGGAUCAUGAUAUAGCAACAUAACAAUCAAUAGUAUCUACCUGGACUCACAAUUUUAAAUAAAGCGAACAAGUGAAAUAAUAAAAAUUAAUGAAAAAUAUUCAUGAGGACAAUGCAAAUGACUUAAAUGAUACAAUACGAAGUAUAUAAUUUUAUUUUAAAACAUGAGCUCAAAGUCACGAGUCACAUGGAUUUUUAUGUAUGUGUAUAAAUGUGAAUCAAAUUGUAAUAUAUUAUGAAAAGACAGGGAUAAAGGGAGAAUAACGAAAGCAUAAAAUCGCGCAUAGCUUAAGAUAAACAAAAUAAAAAUGAAAGAAGAAAAAAGAA